GGAAGUCAUUCAUAAUCCGGAAGAGCUUCUUUCAGUGGAGGAAGUUUAGCGCCAGAAGAACGACUGAGAUUUAGCCAAACGGAGGGGGGGAAAGCAGAAAACAGUACGGUAUGGACUCUUCAGACAGAAGCCGGAGUCCCAGUCCUGUUCAGAGAGAACGCAGUGGACCAUCAGAAGAUGAGUCCAGUCCAGCAGCGAUGCCUUCAGAGGGCGACUCUGCUGACAGAAAUGCCACAGAAGAGCCGACGUCUCAGGACACUCCUGCUGGUCGUGCCCCCUCCAGAAGCUCCGCCUCUAGCAGCAGCAGCAGCAGUGAUAAUGACAACGAUGACGACGACGACAAUGAUGACAGCAGCAGUAGUGAGGAUGAGCAUCAGGGGGCGAUGAGGAAGAUCAGGAGCAGUGUGGCUCAGAUCAGAAGAUCCAGGACCAAGUCCAAGGAGCGAGACAGAUCUGGGUCCAGAGAGAGAAAUAAGUCCAGGUCCAGAGAGCAAGACAGAUCUGGGUCCAGAGACAGAAAUCGGUCUCGAUCCAGGGAGCGAGACAGAUCCAGAUCCAGGGGACGGGACAGAUCCAGAUCCAGAUCCAGAUCCAGAGAGCAAGACAGAUCCGGGUCCAGAUCCAGAGAGCAAGACAGAUCCGGGUCCAGAUCCAGAGAGCAAGACAGAUCCGGGUCCAGAUCCAGGGGACGAGACAGAUCCAGAGGAAGAGACAGAGACAGAGACAGAGACCGAUCCAGGGGGCGAGACAGGUCCAGGUCCAGAGACCGGGAUCGCUAUGACAGGGGACGUUACGUUCGGGACCGCUACGAUGGCAGGGACGGGCGCUUUGACCGACGGGCCAAUCGGGACGCAGAGUUGGACCACAGGAGGCGGGGUCGCUCUGCCUCCCCCGCUGAUAAAGAGGUGGCAGAAGAACCUCCAGUAAAGAAGAAGAAGGAGGAGCUGGAUCCGAUCCUGACGAGGACGGGAGGAGCUUACAUCCCCCCUGCCAAACUCCGAAUGAUGCAGCAACAAAUCACAGACAAGAGCAGCCUGGCCUAUCAGAGGAUGAGCUGGGAGGCUCUGAAGAAGUCCAUCAACGGUCUCAUCAACAAGGUGAACGUGUCCAACAUCGUCAACAUCAUCCAGGAGCUGCUGCAGGAGAACAUCGUCAGGGGGAGGGGUCUCCUGGCUCGGUCCAUUCUUCAGGCCCAGGCGGCGUCCCCCAUCUUCACCCACGUUUAUGCCGCCGUCGUCGCCAUCAUCAACUCUAAGUUUCCUCAGAUCGGAGAGCUGAUCCUCAAACGCCUCAUCCUGGCCUUCAGGAGGAGCUACCGCCGCAACCUCAAGCAACAGUGCCUGACAGCCUCCAAGUUUGUGGCUCACCUCAUCAACCAGAACGUGGCCCAUGAGGUCCUCUGUCUGGAGAUGCUCACUCUGCUGCUGGAGCGUCCGACUGACGACAGUGUGGAAGUGGCCAUUUCCUUCCUGAAGGAGUGCGGACUGAAGUUGACUGAGGUCUCGCCGCGAGGAAUCAACGCCAUAUUCGAGCGUCUCAGGAAUGUCCUCCAUGAGUCGGCCAUUGAUAAAAGGGUCCAGUACAUGAUCGAGGUGAUGUUCGCCAUCAGGAAGGACGGGUUCAAAGACCACCCUGUGAUCCCUGAAGGCCUGGACCUGGUGGACGAGGACGACCAGUUCACCCACAUGCUGCCACUGGACGACGAGUACAACCCCGAGGACGUCCUCAAUGUUUUUAAGUUGGACCCGGAUUUCCUGGAAAAUGAGGAGAAAUACAAAACCCUCAAAAAAGACAUCUUGGACGAGGGCAGCAGUGACUCCGGGGAGGACGGAGAUGGCAGCGACGAGGACGAAGAUGAAGAAGAUGAGAAUGAGGAGGAAGGAGAAGGUGAGAAAGUGACCAUCUUUGACCAGACUGAAGUAAACCUGGUGGCUUUUAGAAGAACCAUCUACCUGGCCAUCCAGUCUAGUUUGGACUUUGAAGAGUGUGCUCAUAAACUGAUAAAGAUGGAUUUCCCUGAUAGUCAGACGAAGGAGCUGUGUAACAUGAUCCUGGACUGCUGCGCUCAACAGAGGACCUACGAGAAGUUCUUUGGUUUGUUGGCCGGGAGGUUCUGUCUGCUGAAGAAGGAGUACAUGGAGAGCUUCGAGGGUAUUUUUGCUGAACAGUACGACACCAUCCACCGCCUGGAGACCAACAAACUGAGGAAUGUGGCCCGACUGUUCGCUCACCUGCUCUACACUGACUCUGUCCCCUGGAGCGUGUUGGAGUGUAUCAGGAUGAGUGAGGAGACCACCACCUCCUCCAGCAGGAUCUUCGUCAAAAUCCUCUUCCAGGAGCUGUGUGCCUACAUGGGGCUGCCCAGACUCAACCAGAGGCUCAAGGACCAGACUCUGCAGCCAUUCUUUGAAGGCCUGUUCCCUCGUGAUAAUCCCAGAAACACCCGCUUCGCCAUCAACUUCUUCACCUCCAUCGGACUCGGAGGGCUGACGGACGAGCUAAGGGAACAUCUGAAGAACGCUCCUAAGAUGAUCAUGACCCAGAACCAGGAAGUGGAAUCCUCCGACUCCUCAUCCUCCUCUUCGUCCUCCUCCUCAUCGUCUGACUCCUCCUCCUCAGACUCAUCCAGCGAAUCAGACUCGUCGUCGUCUGACUCCUCCAGCAGCAGCAGCUCAGACUCCGAUAACAAACACAGGAAGAAGAAGAAGAGGAAAGAACAGAGCGACAAGAAGAAGAAAGAUAAAGACAAAUCCAAGACCAAGGAGAAACCGACAAACAGGAAACAAGGAAGACACCAAGAAGAUGACAGCGACGAAGAAAAACAGGCAAGAAAGGACCGCAGCGGGCGCCAACGCGAGGCCGAGGAGCGGGAACGAGCACAUGAUGGUACCCGGCGAAGCAGACGGGUCGAGGAGGAAGAGGAGGAGGAAGACAACGACAGGAGGAGACGGAAAACGGAUGGAGAGGACAGACAGAGGGAGAGAGAACGAGAGAGAGAUAGGGCGAGAGAGGGAGAGGACAAGAGGGAGAGAGAGAGGCAGAGGGACAGAGAGAGGAACAAGGAGAACAGAGACCGAAACCGAGAGCGAGACGAGAGGAGGAGGAGGUAAAAGCCUUCAUCUGAGCCUCAGAAAACCCUGUUCUGUUCUGUUCUGGUGUCUGGACCCAUCUGUCUGUCUGUCUUUAUUAUUUUUAAUUUUGUUGUUAAUGAAAAGAGAAAACAUUAAAGUUUGUUUAGAUGUUUUUUUAACCUGUUGGUUUCACUGUUAAUCACAUGAUGUCGUCCAGUUCCGUGUCCUCUAAAGACCCUUACGCACUGAGAUUUCCAGGAACUUUGAUUCCUGGAAUUUUUUUUUUUUUUAUCUGGGGUAAAAGAAUUCCUGGUAAUCUGUGUGCUUUGCAUUUCCACCUCAGUGUUCUGGAAAGUAUAUUCAGAUCAGUCUGAUGAUGUAUGUGGGAGGCUGCACUACCCCUCCAGUCCAGUAGGUGGUGCUAAGAAGAAGACGCUUAAGGGCAAACACACACAGUACAACAGGAAGGAGGACAAGUUGUCCUGUUGUUCCUCUUGUUUUACUACAAAUAAAGCCAUGUGAUCUGCACGGAAAAGAUGCAGACACCACUGGAUUAAACAUGGAGGGUGAACGGAACCCUGACAGUGUGUUCCACCAAUCAGCUUUCUUCUGCACACAGCCCCGCCCCCAAGAAUACCAGGAAUUUGAAAAGUCCAACCCCUUACUAAAAGUCCAAUCCCCAUUACUAGAAACUUUUUUCAGGGGAAAUUUGGGGUCAAGGGAAUGUUUUGGGGUUUUUUCCCUCUGUUUAAUUUCAGUGGAAACACAUCAAAUAUUUUUUUUCAGAAUCUAAAGUAAAUGAUAGAAGUUAGUUGAUGGAAAAGGGGGUUCCUCCUGUGUCUAAAACUCUGUAGACUCCUACACCCUCGUCCACACCAAUGCAGAUAUUUUCCUCUACGUUUGUUCCUCUCGUCCACAUGUAACAGUGUUUUAUGUCCCAGAAACAUGGACGUCCAGUAUUUUUCACACUGUCCACAGGUUGGACAACAUUAUGGGCAGGACCAGAUGUCGGACACAUUUGGAAAUGGUUUUGCGCUGGUGUGUGGACAGAAAAGAAGAAAAUAUCUGUGUUAGUGUGGACGGGCGUCAAUGUUGAAUCCUUGGUUUCUUUGUGAAAGCUGCAGCAUAAAUAAUUUUCCAGUUCUUUAAUGCUUCAAGGUUCUUCAUGAAAUCUACAAGGAGUCAGUAGAUAUCCUGUUAAUGAUGUAAUAAUGUGAAGUUUUUAAUUAUGUCAUCAGAGCAAUGUAAACCAUUCCAUUUGAUGAUGUUUUGAUACCUUGAAAUGUUUUAAUCUGGGAAAUAAAACUAAAAUCAG